GUGUCAAAUAUUUACUUUUGUCAUUUUAUUUCUUAUACAAAAAAAUUUAUAUUUAUUUUUUACAAUGCCUGAUUUGGUAGUGAGAACAGAUAAUAUUCAAGUGACCCUUUCCGCUUCCCGCAUUAUAUUUAUUAUAUUUGUAACAAUUUUGUUCAUGAUAACAUCCAGGCUUUGGAAAUUCACAAAGAAGAGAAUCAGGAGAUUGAUGAGAAAAAUGAAAGAUUCAGCUAUUUACAAUAUGGAAUGCCCAAUUUGUUUGAAUCCUCUACAAACACCUGUUAAAUCAGAUUGCGGACAUGCUUUCUGUAUAGAAUGUCUGUACACAUUUUGGGAAGAGCCUUCUUGGAAAAGCAUAUGUUCUAUUUGUCGGGCUCCAUUGGAAAAUCUUCGUCUAGUUGAUUUUUCAGGAUAUUGACUAUACUGAUCAAGAAAGAAGAGAACUGGAAAAUAAAAUCUAUAUAAUAUCAAGUGAUUCCUUCCAUCAUAAUAAUUGGUCUCCAAUCCCAGCCUUUGCUGCUAGAGUCUUUGUAAUUCUAUUAUGGAUUUCAGUCUGUGUACAUGUCGAUUAUCUACUAAAAUAUUCAGAUGAAGUAUACAAUUCAUUUUAUGUAUUCCCAAAACAAAUGGUGAAUAAAACAGAUAUUAUUGUUUGAA